AUGGAAAAGGGAUUCUUCAAGGUUUUCAUCCCUGAAACUAAUGCAAAGCAGCUGAAACUUCCCACAGGUUAUACCGAUUACAAGAAUGGAAUAUUACCUAGAAACAUUUUCCUAAGGGAUCGGUUUGGAAAUAUGUGGCCUAUAGGGGUAACCAAAUCAGAAAAAAAUAUUUAUUUUGAAUAUGGAUGGAAAAAAUUCAUUAAGGAAAACAUCGUAGUGCUUGGAGAGUUCUUUAUUUUUGACUAUGAUGGAACUAGAAUUUUUGACUUCAAACUACUUGGAAGAACUGGUUGUGUAAAGAAAGGAGUUGGGGGUUUAAAACUUGUUGUGAAGGAGGAGGAAGCAGAGGAAAUGAAUGUUGAACAUCAAAAGAGUGUGGAGACAAAAGAGAAUACUAGGGCUAGAGAUAGCAAGAACAUUUCUACUUUUGAUGUUAGGGAUGAGAAUACCAUGGUAGAAGAAAAAGAGGAAUGUGAAAAUACAGAAGAGGUUCCAGAAGAAGAUGAUGAUAAGGAAGAAGAAGAAGAAGAAGAUGAUGAUGAUGUUGAAUACAAAGAAGAGGCGAAAGAUAAAGAAAGGACUGACAUAUUAAAAAACGACACCACAUUCCAAAGACAUGAUCUUAUAUUCAUAUUAGUGUCAUGA